GUUGGAGAUUUGGAAUCACACAUUACGACCGCCAGUCAAACGCUGUAGGAGCAUAAUUUUUCUAUUUUCUAAGCAAUUUUCAAUAAUUUAACGAAUACGCUGUGAUAAAUUAGCAAAUUUGACAUAAUGCUGUCUUUAGAUUUUCUCGAUGAUGUUCGGCGAAUGAAUAAACGCCAGUUGUACUAUCAGGUGCUGAAUUUUGGCAUGAUCGUUUCCUCGGCAUUGAUGAUUUGGAAAGGCCUGAUGGUUGUGACUGGAAGUGAAAGCCCUAUUGUCGUUGUCCUCAGUGGCAGUAUGGAGCCUGCAUUUCACAGAGGAGACCUUCUGUUUCUCACGAAUCGAGUUGAAGAUCCAAUCAGAGUUGGGGAAAUUGUGGUGUUCAGGAUCGAGGGCAGAGAGAUCCCUAUUGUGCACCGAGUGCUCAAAAUUCAUGAGAAAGAAAAUGGAGACAUUAAGUUCCUGACAAAAGGGGAUAAUAACUCUGUGGAUGACAGAGGUUUAUACAAGAGAGGGCAGCAUUGGUUAGAGAAGAAGGAUGUGGUGGGCAGAGCAAGAGGGUUUGUGCCUUACAUAGGAAUUGUUACAAUUCUGAUGAAUGACUACCCUAAGUUUAAGUAUGCUGUUCUGUGCAUGCUGGGACUCUUUGUUUUGGUACAUAGGGAGUAAUCCAUCUCCACCAAGGAUAACAUGAUAAAGCAAGGCAGUCCCAACCUCCACAAGCCAGUUUUUGCUAUUGUUUUAACCGUGCUUGUGCAUCAAUGUUCUAACAGUCAAAAAACAUUGUUUAAAGUUUUAAGUUUUAAAUAACAAUGUAAUAUUUGUUUUUUGAUUGUUUUUCUAUUGCUUUCGGAAUACUUUGUGUUAUUCUUUGAUUUUGUUCUCCUGUUUCUCAUAAUUUUCUAUCGAAAUAAAAUAAAUAGCUAAAAA